CAGUCAGCAUUUUUGGCGUCCAACGGAAAAAUGAUGAACUAACCGAGUAUUUAAAUACGUAGUGUUGGUACUAAUUUAUCUGUUCACAUGUCGCGUGUGAGGUUCAACUUGAGUUGACGUCUAUGACGUCUAUAAUGUAUAUGACGUCGUUGUUCAUAACAACGUUAGUGAACAUAAAGUCGAUGAAAACUGCAAACAUGAUAAAUUGCCGCAAGAAGUGAAAAAAUGCAAGCAGAAAUCGAAAUAGACGCCGCGGGAGAAGGCAAUAUAGAAGUGGACAUCAAAUCAGAAUUUUUGGCGGCCGAACGGGAAAAGAAUGAACUAACUGUGUCAACAAAGGCCCGCCUGCGCGACGAUAUUGAACCAGAUUAUUUGAAAAAAUGGGAUGAUAUGGUUAAAGAGUUCCAAUUAGAAGCUUGGCAAAGUGUGAGCCAUCUCCCGUUGUCACAGUUCCGACACUCAGAGUACACGUACUGGGGAUGCGAUGGUCCUUUCCUUAUCGACGAUGACGUCACUUCCUUGGAAACGUCAUCGUCACAACUUAAUGCCUUCCAGCGACGCCCGACACUUGCUUCUUCGCCAUAUGUACAUAAGAAUAAGCCGGCGAGCGUUGACGGGGGCCAUUUUAGUUUAACAUUAGAUGCAUUAUUGAUGGAGUCGCUUGGAAGCCCAUCGCCAUCUCUUCUUCAUACCGCGUCGCCUGCCCCUAGCAAAGGAAGCGAUGUUUCCUUGGAAGGCCUGCUUUACUGCACUAUACAUGAGGGGAGGUUCGUCCAGCUGAACAUUUCUAGCAGCUCCGAUAUGGAUCGUCGUCUGUUUGUUGACACUUUCGGUAACGCAGUUACUGAUGAAGGCAUCUUUUGCCACGAUUCAUUUAAGAAACGGAAGGGCGGAUUUGGAUCCCGAAUGCUUAGGCGACUUUUCGGAUGCGCGGAUAAUCCCGCUACUGUGUGAUAACUGUUAUAUAUUGUUUUGAUACACAGGUGGUUAGCGUGUGGCUAUGAUGUGUAUUAGUGAAAACAUCAUUUUGAUUGAUAAAUUAUCAAAUUAUAACGAUAAAUCAACUUUUCUGGGGGAAAAAUCACAAUCAAAUGUAUAUAUAACAAGGUAUCCAACUCAAGAUCAGGAUGCAUCGCUUUUAACAGCCAUAUCUUCAUCAAUUGUGCAGCGAUUUCCAUUAACCCGGUCUUAUUCAUUGCAGAAAUUUAUUUCCUUUCUGGAAAUGUACGUAUCUUGUAUAUUUCUACAAAUUCUAGGUCGAAACUUAAGAAAUAGCACGAUACACCAUUCGCGUUACCUACUUAACAACGGUCAGACCCGAUUUAUGAAUGAAAUAUUUGCAGGGAAAACACCAUUUACUCCGUCAAGAUUUCAGUCUUAGAUCGGGUCUGAUCGACAACGAGUAGGUCACACGAGUUGUGUAUCAUGUUAUUUCUUAAAAAUUGACCAUCCAUUUGUAGAAAUCUUGCAAGAUAUGUACAUUUCCAGAAACGAAAUUCAUUUCUGCGUUGAAUAAGGCCGAGUUCGUGAAAAUCGCCGCACAACUGAUUAUCUAUAAGUCUUUGAUAAAGGGAUCAAGAUUUAUAUCAUAGUUAUUUUAAGUUUGUGCGUUUAUUUUGUCACGUUUUUUUAUUCAAUAAGAAAAUAAUCGAUUCAGCAAAGAACGUUGAUAGAUAUUUUGAUAAAAUAACAUUCAGUAAAACUUUAAACGAAACAUGGAAUAAAAAUUUAACCAAUAUAUUAUAAAAAGAGCAUACAGUUAUAUACUUAAUGCUUUCCAUAGAUGCAUAGCCCUUAUCUUAAGAGAACUUAUACAAGCAACAACGCACUGGAAGAUUAAAUUCAGGAGUCUAAAUGAAAACGACCGCAAAUGAUUGGUAGGACCUGCGAUAGUCUUGAAUUCACCAAUCAGAAGGGGGAACAACGCCGGUUUGCUACUUUCUGCAUUUGCUUACAUUAGUCCCUCUUGCUAUACGAUUUUUUAUGUUCGAAGAAGGGAAAUCACUCUGAAUCAUUUGUUAUCACAUUUCAAUGAGAUUAUCUCCCUGUUUAAUAAAUUUGCCACUUUUAGGCCGCCUCGCAAAUUGCAGAAUUUAUUAUUUGAGUGCAAGAAUCUGAUGGAAACUUCUUUGAGAACUUCACAGCGUUGUCAUGGAGGCAGGAAAAUAAGCGAUUGCGAGCAACAAACGAGUUCUUCCAGUGAUCAAGCAUCCGAUGAAGAAGAAAUUAGCUCAAUAACCGAGGGGGAUGACAGAGAUACCACAAAACCUCCGCCAUUGGAGGUCCAGUUUGCCCCAAAACACAAUCUGCCACAGCUCUCGAAAAAGGAGUUUGAACUCCUCUACGUGGAGGUGCUGUACACAAUCAAGCACAAGAUAGGGAUCACCAUAGGGGGCCACCUGUCCUUCAUUCAGGACCUCUACCUGUACGCCCAGGAGGCCUUCAAUGUCUCGCCAGAGGACCACGCCAGGCUUAUGGCCAAAGCCACCAAAGAAAAGCCUCCAAUUGUGAUCCUCAAAGCCACAGUUCUUAAAGCAAAGAAUCUUGAGGCUAAGGAUGCCGACGGGUUCAGUGACCCCUAUUGCAUGUUGGGUAUCAUGCCAGUGCGUGGACUCCAGGGCGUGGAAAGCUCCGAAAGCGGCAGCCUGUUGUCGUCCGAUGAUGAAAACAGCCCAAAAGUCAAGGACAAGAAUUCGGGCGCAUUCAAGCGGUUCUCGGUGAAAAAGAAAUCGUCUGCAGUGCGUGACUUGUUGCCAGCGAAAUAUAUUCAGACUACUAGUGUAAUACCCAAUUCCCUUAACCCUGUGUGGAAUGAGAAAUUUCGAUUUGACCUUGAGGAUGUCAACACUGACCGACUCCACCUGGACAUCUGGGACCAUGACGAUGAGUUCUCCGUAAUCGAGGCCGCGAAGAAACUCAAUGAGGUGCAAGGAAUCAAGGGGCUGGGGCGCUACUUCAAGCAGGUUGCACAGUCUGCGCGCACCAGCCGUACCAGCGGGAAUAGCAUCGACGAUUUUCUGGGUUGCCUCAAUGUUCCUCUUGCUGACAUCCCAUCGUCUGGCCAUGAGAAAUGGUAUAAGUUGGAGGGCCGCUCGGCCAAGUCCAGCGUGGACGGCGAGAUCAAACUGAGGCUGGCCUUGGGGACCAGGGAGGAUCGUGGCAUCGCCGAGGAUGACAACUGGACAGACGUACGCCAGCAUGAGGAUCUGAUGUGCAUUUUCAUAGAUCAUGAGGUGCGCAAAUGCAAGGAGGGUUCGUAUCGCUGGAAUGGGGAGCUCCCACAGGCGGCUCAGACCAUCAUCCACCAGCACGCCAUUCAAGGGGAUGUCACCCCUACACAGCAGGCCGUCUGUCGUUGGAUGGCUUACAGUCGCAAGCACCUAGAGUAUCCGCUAGACUAUCAGGUGCUGUUGACCCUGCUUCAGGAGCUGGACGCAGUGUGGGAACCGACGUCUCUCUCAAGGGAGGAGGAGGAGUGCCUAGCAGAGUCGUUCACGCGGUUUAUCGGCCACUGCACAGCGCUGAUUCAACGGCAACGCGAGGUGUUUCCGACUACCAAUCGUCAGGCCAUGGCGCGCCUCGAGGGAAUGCUUCGUUGCCUAGCAGCCCUUUAUGGGAUGGAGGUGUUCAAACGUACGUGUCCCUUCCAACAGGAGCUGCACCCACAGGUCACCAACAUUAUCAAGAAAAGUGCUACAGAGUGGUAUGAGAGAACUUCAACGCGCUGUCGGAAACACAUGAGCCCUGAUACAGAAGAAGACGUUAUUAACAGUCUACUGGAACUGACCAAUCAGCUCAAUGCUGACAUGCACCACGCGAUAAUCUUCUACACCAAGCUUUACGAGCAAAUUCUUAAUGUGCAAUACUUUAGGAUUACCUACCAAAUAGUUGAAAGAAUGUUGGCGACAGAGGUGUAUGCUGCCUUAAAAGAUGAGAAUCACACUGUCCAUCGAUGGUUUGGGGAUGAGGUCUCCACCACAUUGAAGGACAGCCUCAGUCGUAUCAGCCAGCAGGACAGCGAGAUCCCAGAAGCCAACAGCAUCGUCAUAGAGAUGGGCACCCAGCUGUUUGAACUAUAUCUUGCACUGCAGGAGUUUUGUAAAUUCAAAGAACAUCUCCCAAACAGUUUGAAAAAGGAAUUGGCAAUAUGUCAGUUCUACAAGUGGUUCACAUUUGCUGUACAGAAGUGGCUUCACAUCGCCAAAAAGCGUGCCCUUCAGAGGAUACACAAGGCUGUGGAACUUGACAAGACAGUGGAUAUCAAGUCAGGUGUGAAAUACAGCACUUCCUCUGUGGAUGUCUGCUGUUGUUUCUCUCAGAUGACUGAAUUCUGGCGUAAUCUCGACUGGCCGGACCUUAUUGACGCUCUGCCAAUGGCACGCAAACUAACAGAGGAUGUGUGCAACGGGGCGGUGCUUUACGCCGACCUGAUGCACGAGAAACUGCGCAGCGCCGGAUAUUAUGAUGAGGAGGGACAGUUUGACAUCACCGAACAGCUGUGCAUCACAAUCAACAACAUAGAGCAGGUGCGCAGGUCCCUGAUGCCGAUGCCAGAGGUGCUCCAGUUCAACGAGAUUCAGACUGCGCUGGAUAACCACGCCGCUGCCAGCGGCAAACAUCGGCCCAAGCACGACCUCAGCAAGAUCCUUGCGCAGGCUGAUGGUGACAUGGUUAGCAAGAUUACAAACGUGGUUGAUAGGGUUUCUGACAAGAUGCGAGCAGACAUAAAGAAAGAUGUGUUUCACCUGAACUGGGCCCCAGAGGCUGUGCCUGCGGACGAUGCCAUAGGAGACCUUCUGGAGUACCUGGACAACAACCUGCUGGUCCUGAACACAAACCUGCUCAAGGCCAACUUUGACCGAAUACUCGAGUCCAUCUGGAUUGAGUGCCUGGAGGAGUUCAAAGAAGCCCUGGACAUGGAGGAACCAAAGCCGCCAGUGUUCUACCAGCGUAUGUACGAUGCCAUCGGCCUUCUAGUCCAGUUCUUCAACGCCAACGACAAGGGACUUCCCAUGCAAAACAUUCUCUGUCCACUGUAUCAGGAACUAAGAGAUGAACUUGGCCUUCACAAAUUAGACACGCCGUCACUAAUAGAAGCAUUUUAUGAUGGAAAGCUCAAAGAACAGCGAGAGUGGACCAGUACAGAGUUUGGGACCCUCAGUGUUCGAGUAUGGUACAAGCGGGACACCAGAACCCUGCUUGUAGAAGUUUUACAUGCGAAGGAUGUGAUACCACUAGACGCUAACGGUCUCAGCGACCCGUAUGUUGUGGUCUCGUUCUGCCCUGAGCACAUGUUCCAGUCGGUGCCCACGCAGACCACUAAAAUUGUCAAAAAGACUCUCAACCCAGAGUUUGAUGAAUCCUUCGAAUUCAACGUUCCCCUGACCCAAUGCCAGAAGAAAGGCGCAGCGCUGGUGUUCACGGUGAUGGAUCAUGACUACGUUUUCCAGAAUGACUUUGCGGGCGAGGUGUUCAUGGCGCUGUCGGACAUUCCCGGUGUGGACGGGGUGGAGGUGUCGGGGUACGAGGCCCUGAGUGUCGUGACCCUGCCUCUCACCCAGCCCUGCAAGAAAAAGAGUGGUGCGCUGGCGGUUCUUGCCAAGAGAACCUGGGACAAGACGGCUCAAGAUCUGGUCAAGCUUCGGACCAGGGUGCAGGAUCAGUCUACUUGAAGGAUCACAAUUGUUGGUUUCAUUAAGCCCCAUUCUGAGAAAACUGGGCUAAAAGCAUGUGUUAAAGUGUCGUCCCAGAUUAGCCUGUGCAGUCUGCACAGGAUAAUCCUGGAGGACACUUUCCGCCCAAAGUGGAUUUUCUCUAAGAAGAGACUUCUUUUAAAUAAAAAAUACCAUAAAAACGGAUUGUGUCACUCCUAAUAAGCCUGUGCAGAAUGCACAGGCUUAUCUUUUCUGACAUUUUACAUACAUGCAUUAAGCCCAGUUUUUACCAGAACCGGGCUCCAUUUGGUCUUUCUUUGGUCGGAUAUAACCCAUAUUUCAUGAGGAAGUUUCUUUGAAAAAAGUGUCUGUUGUGUUGCUUUGUUUAUCAGCUGGGUAAACAUUAACAUUAUUCAUAUAAUUGAUCGUCUUGUCAUGUAAAGACAAUCACCAAAAAUUGAUUUUUUUUAUUUGACUAAUGUGUGUGCUUCAUGCUUCAUUUUGUGAUAGAUACAUAAAUACAUAAAUUAUAAUUACACAAUAUUAGUUUUUCUUAUUGCAUAGACCGCUGAGCAUAUUUUCAUGCUUCUUGGUUAUUAUAAUGUUGAAUGCUUUAUUUUGUUGCAUUAGCAGCAGCGUUCUUAGCAUAUAUAGAUAUAACACCCUAAGGCUUUAAUUAAAACAAUGGUAUUUAUUUGUGUGAUGAUGAAUCCCAUGAUUGUUAAUUAUUUUUAAAUAAUUUGGUCUUUAUUGCUUUUUUUUUAUUUGGUUUUUUUUUUAUUUUUUGCUCAAUAUGAAUUUGUGUGGGUGAAUAUAUUUUUCGAAUGGAUUUUAUGAAAGUUGUGUAUUUGAAUGUUGUGUAGUGGUGUUGUUGUUUUUUUCAAACUGUGAUUUUGAAUUGUUUUUUUUUAAUUUUACAUACUAAAGGAUAAUAUAUUGUCAAAUAGCAGUUUCUAUAUUAUUUAUGACAGAAGCCUUGAUUUUUAAUGAGAAUUAACUAUAAUAUGAUAUGCAUAUGGUCCAGAAUUGUUCUAUAAAAGGAAGUAAUAUUUGUGUUAAUUUGUAUUUUGUACCCUGAUUUCUAGUCAUCCAUAUAAAGGUAUGUGUGUUUUUAAUGAGGCAGGUAUUUAAAACAAACAGUAUAAACAAUAGCAUAGAAUUUGCAGUACAGUAAGAUAUUACUUAAAAUGCAUGAUAGUGCAUAAAAAUGAUCACUAAGUGUGUGUUUGCACAAGUACUCUUUUUUUUAUUUAUGACAUAAUCCUUGAUUUUUGAUAAUUAACUCUAGUAUGAUAUGCUUUAACAUGUCAUUCAUAUGGUCCAGAAUUGUUCAACAUUUAUCAAUACAAAGAAAUGAAGUCAUAUCUGUGUUUAUUUGUUGUUUCGUACCCUGAUGUCUAGUUCUCUAUUUUCAAUGUAUUUGUGUAUUUAAAUGCGCAUAAUGAGGCAGGUAUUAAAGAAAACAGUAUAAACAGUAGCAUUUCAUGUUGCAGUUAGUAAGGGAUGGUGCUUAAAAAGGAUCACUUAGUGUUUGCACAAGAACUCUUUUUUAUGUUACAGGAUUCAAAUUUAUGUUUAUUAAAUUACAUUCAAUGAUACAUACCGGUACUGUGAUUAUUAAUGCAUUAGAACAACCACAUGACAAUGAUAUUAAUACUCUUUUUAGAGGAUCAUUCGUAAAAUCAGUUUUUGCAUCAAGGCUGUUAUUGUACAUGUAUAUUGAAUACACAAUGGUUUCACUAUAAAGAAGGCUAGAAAUCACAUUGUUUAAUGAAAGCACACACUUUGUUUAGAUGUGACAUCAUUUUUAGAAGUGCCUGUAUGUCGCCUAUGAAUAAUGUAAAAGGUUAAUAAAUGUCAUGAACAUACAGAAACUUUAUGGAUUGUGUUUAACAGUUUAUAUAUUUCCAUUAAUAACAAAUUAAAUAAUUUAUAUUUGUGAACAUUUUGUGACAUAAUAAUUGUCACAAAUUGAUAUGUAUGUUUAUAUGUAAAAAUGCUUCUUUUUGCACUAAUCCAAGUGAAUUGUUAACAAAAUAAAUGUAAAUUUUGUAUUGUAAAUUUCAUUACAUAGUUAUAUAUUUAAUUGCACUUUUCAUAGUCUAUUGUAUAUUUGUUUUAAAAGACAUGUUGCAUGUAUUAUAUAAUAAAUUGUCAACAAACAUUGAAUACAUUGAGUAAUUCAAACUUGUGGUUUUCAAUAUUUUUCUCAGUACUUUGUCAGUUAUUGUUUAUGUUGUGAAAUUGUGGUAUAAAUUUAAGCACUUAAUAUUUAUUUCAUUCAAUUUAUUUGAUUCACAUGUUCACAUAUACUUAGUUAUAAGUUCUUUUCCAAUAUUGGUCUCUUCUGAAAACAAAUUGUUACGAUUUGUGUCAUUUGUGUAUACCUCCGAAAUAGCCAUGAGUUAUUCCUAGUUUAAAUGUGGAGUUGAUCAUACUAUUAUUAUUUGGUUUAUUAAUAAGUAAAAAGCAAUCGAAAAUUUGUUCAAUUAGCCAAUCGACUUUUUGUCGAGAAAAUAUACAUAUUAUAUAACUUAUCUAUGCCAAUUAUAAACAAUUAUGUAAUACUAUUUAAUUUCAGAAGAUUUAUCAAUUUUAAAGGCUUGUUUUCUUUAAUUUUAUUUAGUAUUUAGAAAUUGUCUAGAAAUCCAAAUAUUAAAUUGGUGUCACAGUUUUAUUUAUAGAACACAAAUGUACAUAGUUUUGUCUUUUAUCUUUGUUACAUUUAACAUUUAUGUAUUUUAUGAUCGUUUAUGAAAUAAAAUUCAAAUAUAAA